GGCACUUUCUCCCUACACGCCUAGCAUUUUAUUGGUUUUCCCAUAGAGUGUGCAGUCGUUCUAUCGGCCUCGCUAAACCCUCCGCCUUUCUCUGUACAAUUACACAAUGACAGCUGAUGAAUAGAUAAAUAGCCUAUGUACCGAGUUCGCGUCUGCGCUGUGGGUUGGUAGUCAUAGACGUAGCUAAGCGUGUGACCCUGCGGUAGCUAUAUCAUAAUAUACUGACGAUACACAUUGCAUGAUUUCAUCAAUACUCAUUACGGUCCCUUAUGGCGGUCGCAUGGUGAACUAGCAUAUCUCUUUAAGCGGUGGGAUCGCCGUAACGUAGCCUGCCUUCAAACAUGGCGUUCUGGAAGAGGCGAAGCCGGGGAUCUUUCGCACCGUCAUCCAACGACAGGAUGGCUGCUAUCUACCUGGGCCGGCAUCCCGUGACGGACAACGCAGGCUUGGAUGAUGCGUCCACGGCACUGGACACGCUGUACCAAACUUACAAGGAUGGCAAAGAACAGGCUCAGCGCGUGACAGUGGAAGUCAUCGUCAAUGGAUUGGUCAUCAACAAAAUCAAGGGGUUCUCGCCCCCAUCAAACCCCUCCUCAGACGGUAGCAACCGCAUCCUCCUAACGGCAGUCAAGAUGUUUUUUGGGGCUACGGAUCCCGCUCGCCCUAAAGUCUUCUUUAUCAUGAAGAGGAGUGUGGACGAAGCAAACUCCGGCGAUAGAUACGAGUGUCACGCGUUUCUAUGCGACUCCCCAACCGCGGCCAAAACGCUGACCUUACAACUGGUGGAAAUGUUCAAAAACGUGGGAGAGCCCGAAACCCAGUUGGCCUAUAGCAAAAGUUACGACUACGCCACGAUGCGAUCCAAUCCACAGCAAAUCAGGGAGAAGGGCCUUCUAAGGACUCAAUCGCUCAACCUGCCUCGGUCACGUGGUCGGACCGAAGCCGUCUCGACCCUCAAGAUCACCAUGAAUGUGGAGCACGGUGAACAACACAGCCUCCGAGAGGCCAACAACAAUUCAGAAAUUGCUCGGCUCAUAGCCAAGCGGGAGAACGAGCAAUCAGCCCGGUCUGAGGCGGCUGAUUAUCCGAUGAGGGGUAGUGACAGUCCCGCCUUGGAGAGGUCCAAGCGACCCGCUUCAUCAUCACCUGAGCCCCGGAGUACCGUUGACAUGGUACCAAGUGAUGAAAGCCCAGACCGCAAGACCACUCACAAACCCAUAGUGACAUUCAACCCAAACAAGCCCGACUCGCCCAGCAAACUACUCCGAGAAUCGCAGCUGUCGACAGUCAAGGAGCAAAGUCCAAGCUCCAGCCCAAAGUCCAGCCCCAAGGAGAGAAAAAUGAACGUCAAGAAAACAGAGGUAACCAAGGAGAAUCAGGAGAACAUCUCGGACAAGGCCAACAAGAGAAAAUCGGUGCGUUUCGCAGACGAUGCCGAGAUCAUUUGAGGAUGAAUAAUAAUUGUGUUGAGGGUCAAUGUUGUGUAAACGUCAUAUUUGGACCAUCGGAGCGAAUAAACCCGCGAAGCCAGUAAAUUUGGAGCCAUGUAUAAUAAGCGGCAUGUACAUGUCAUGUGUUCAUUUAAUAAUUGAUGACAUCCACCAUUUUGGGAAUGAAGAACUCUGUGUGGGUGUGUAUUACAUAAUACACUGGUAAACAAAAUGUGAGAACCAGCGAAACAAGUUGAAGAUGAAUCGAAAUUCCGCAUAUUGUUUCUUUAAUGCAGGGUAACUUGUGUGUGUGUGUUUUCCUAACCAAAACUAAUUUUGUAGCUUUUGUGUCAAAGAUUCCGAAUUUUAAUUUAUGUUUGUUUUUCGCAGGGUACCAUUCAAUGUGAAAAGCCUGUACCUUUUGACAGUGUUUUAAAAUGUAUAUGCUCUAUGAAAAUGUUGAUAGCAUUUUACUAAUUACGUUGACUUUAAUCUGAUAAGUACAACCAAGAACAAGUUGACAGGUAUCCGUUAAAAUUAACAAUCAUUCCACGAAACAACAGGCACCAUGCAUUUAUUAUUUUUUUAAAUACAUUUAGGCCGAGAAUUCGAAGUCUGACGUUUUUAUCUCACAGUUGAAUUCCAGAGUCUUAUUUUCUGACCACACACCUGCCUCCAAUAUGUAAAACAUAAUCCCAUUACAUUUUAUUUAUGCUAACCUGUGCUGUUGCGUGCAUGUACUUUUUUUUUUUAACUCAUCCUGUGGGAAGUGUGUCACAGUUAAAACUACAUGUACAUGUAGUUGCUUUUUGAAAGAUACCUGUAUUUUAUUUGCAAACAGUGGCGGUACCAGACUAAAUAUAUGCGGGUUAUGCGAUGGAAAAUAUGUAAGCAUUCAAGUAGCAAUAAACGGGAUACAAAUUUGGUUACUGCCUUGAAAAGGUUUGCUUCUCACGACAUGUCGAUUGAGAACAAGGUGAAGCUGAUUACUCCCAUAAUGUUUUACACUUUGAAAUCUUCAUCAUGUAUCGUGCUUUCUGUGCUCGUACGAACUGCAUUCAUGUGCGUGGACAUUGUGUAAGCACAGUAAUCCACAUGCUAAUGCCGUCUGUAAACAUGCAUAGGCAAUUAGAUUUUAUUGAUUUUUGCUUGUGAUUUUUGAUGGAAUUUCGCGUCAUAUGGUUGUUACAUAUGCGUCUAGGUCUGCAGCAUGCAUCUGUGCAAGCUGCGAGGCAUUAAUUUGUAGGCAUAUGAUGGAGUAUUUUGUAAAUUUUGCGACUGAAUUCAACGAAAAACUUCUAAAAAAAGUGUCUGUCUCCAUAUUCUAUAUGCUAGUCUGAGUUACAGUUCUGUUAACAUUUUCUGAUAGGAAACCAGCGUAAAUGUUUAUUUUUGUUUGAUACGUGUAUAUAUCAAAUAAGGAUUAUUUUCUUACGAUGCGGUCGAAAUUAUCUUACAAAUAAUAUCUUGAAAUUGGGAACCAGUGUCGGUUAGCCUGUGAACACAAUUGUUAUCGUGACGUGUGCCUUGGUAUGUUUUCACGGCCAUGAGCUUUGAUCAGACUCCACGUCAUGUUAUUAUUAUUAUUAUACUUUACUAAGUAAACUAGUUACUCAGUAUCAUCCUGUA